AUGUCACAACAAUCCCUACCGAACGAGCCUCUCCCUCGCUCAGCUGGGACAGUUCUCCCCAAGAAUAAGAGGCUGGAUGUCAACGCAAGGGACAUAAAACACAGAACACCCCUCGCCUUUGCAGUCGAAGCUAGGAAACUCGAUGUUGUGAAAGUGCUCCUUGAGUGCGAGCAAGUGAAUAUUAACACAAGCGACAUCUGGGCCAGAACGCCCCUCUGGAUUGCAGCGAAGUUGGGAUACUCGGAGGUUGUCAGGGCACUACUCAGGAGAAAUGACCUUCUGCUGAACUAUCGCUCCGAUAGAGCUGAGACACCGCUUGCUAUCGCUAGUUGCAAAGGCCAUGUAUCGGUCGUGGAACAAUUACUGGCAGACGGAAGGAUAAACACCAACACCCGCAACAGGAUGGGCUUCACACCACUCCAUUUAUCAGUCACAUCCUCCCGUACCGAUGUCCUUCGCCUGCUUCUCUCGCACCCAUCGGUUGACGCACUCAUUCCGUCCAUGAACGGGGAUACCCCACUUCAUACAGCCGCGGAGCGCGGGAAUCUGGAUACCUUUGCACAACUUCUCCACGACCCAAAAAUUACAAAUCCCAAUCUCCCAGGAGCGGGUAACUGGACACCCCUAGGCCUAGCAGCACGGUUUGGCCAACAUGAAAUUGUGAGAGAAAUGCUGAAGGAUAGAAGAGUAGAGAUUAAUGGGAUUGCAGGAUUGGGACAGACGGCGCUUUUUCUUGCAGGCAAGAUGUUGUGGUGGGAGGUUGUGGAGGAAUUGCUCCAGGCCGAAAGUGUCAAUGUAUAUCUGCGAGAGUCAGAAUAUGGGGUGUCCUUCGUAGAGUUUGUAGAACGGGGGUAUGACUUGCGGGUGAAGAUGUUAUUGAAGGAGAGGUUGAGGCGUGAGCGGCAUUGAAAUUGGGACGGGAGGUGGCCAGACGCCAGACGGGGUAGGGCAGCUCCCUAAGGGCACGUUUGGAUACGACCGUUCCGUUCUGUUUUUCCAUACAAAAUUACUGGUACACAAGGCAAGGGUCCCAGUAUUUGUAUGUGAAAACGGAAGGGGACGGUCGUAUCUAAACAGGUCCUAAUAAAUUGCCAAUUUUGGAUACUUGGUACCCGGUAUAGUUAUGUUAAACCUCAAUUCUUUACCAAUAAAUUUCAUUGUUGGAAACCAUAAAUACCCUCACCAACCCUACACCCUGGAAAGUGUUUAUUAUGCACCCGACCUCACAUGCGUCUCGUGAAGUUCUACUAUCAGUAUGCAAUGAUGGGGGAAGAAAUUCCAAUCAGCCACCGAACUUCACUAGCCCAGGCCGUGCCCAGUACAUCAGAUUAGCCUAGAGCAAUCAAAGCCGCACCGCACCACAGCUAGCCACCAAUUGGAGAUCGCUAGAAAAUACCGAAGACAUUUUCGAGAGGUGGCCAAAUCCGGGUUCUGGCAGCAGAAGCCAGGUGUCCCGACCUACCCCGACGCUCCCGAAAACCAUCUGAUUCUCGGUGUGGCAACAAACCAUAUUUAUUCAAAUUUACAGGAGAAAUUUCCAAACCCAGGGGAUGAAAUUUUACUUCCAGAGUCAAAGUUCAAAAACCUCAGUAACAUAUUCGGCCUGAAAGCGGAUCAGACGGGGAAGCCAACCCCGUCGAUAUAG